UUUUUCGUAAAAAAAAUAUAAUAAUAGUAAAAGAAAUCUCCGAUUAGGCAUAAAUGGCCGGAGGAGGAGCUAACAGGAAAAUUUCUGCUGCUUCUGCAAGAUCUCACACUCGACGAGCUAAGCAAAAAUCCUCUAUUAAGCUUCCUCCAGGGAUUUUUUCCAAGAUUCUAUUGGUCUUGUUUGUGGGGAUUUCUGCAUGGGCUUUUCAGGCAAUCCGACCUCCUCCACCUAAGAUAUGUGGUUCUCCUGGCGGUCCUUCAAUUACAGCAUCGAGAAUAAAGCUUAGAGAUGGGAGACAUUUGGCCUACAAAGAACACGGCGUCUCUAAAGAUGUUGCUAGAUUUAAAAUAAUCUUUCUCCAUGGUUUUGAUUCCUGUAGGCUCGAUGGUGUUGUUGCCGCCAACCUUUCCCCGGAAAUUUUUGAAGAAUUGGGGAUCUAUUAUCUGUCCUUCGACAGGCCAGGUUAUGGAGAGAGUGAUCCUCAUCCUCAACGAACAUUAAAAAGCCUGACUCUGGAUAUUGAAGAGCUUGCGGAUCAACUGGGACUAGGAUCUAAAUUCUAUAUAGUUGGCUUUUCCAUGGGCGGUGAGUUGACUUGGAGCUGCCUCAAGUACAUUCCUCACAGGUUAGCAGGAGCAACGCUUAUAGCUCCUGCUACUAACAACUGGUGGCCUGGUUUUCCUGCAAACUUAUCUACAGAAGCCAACAAGCUACAGCCUCCAAGAGACCAAUGGGCUCUCAGCGUUGCUCACUACACCCCUUGGCUAAGCUAUUGGUGGAAUACUCAAAAGUGGUUCCCUGGGUUUUCUGCUAUAGUUAUGCAUCCUGACAUUUUAUCACAGCAAGACAAAGAAGUCAUGGCGAAGAUUGGAGAGGAAAAGAAAAACAAUUAUCGGGCAUAUGUGAGACAGCAAGGAGAAGCUGAAUCCAUCUAUCGUGACUUGACAAUUGCUUUUGGCACCUGGGAGUUUGAUCCUAUGGAUUUGGAAAAUCCAUCUUCAAACGGAGAAGGUUCUGUUCAUAUAUGGCAAGGAGAUGAAGAUGGUUUGGUGCCUGUUACAUUGCAGCGCUAUAUCGCUCAAAGGCUUCCCUGGAUUCACUAUCAUGAGAUAACAGGUUCCGGCCACCUGUUUCCUAUGGUCGAUGGUAUGGCCAACAAAAUCAUAAAGACAAUGUUAACUGGGGAGCAGUAACCUUCCGUGUUGACAUGGCCUACCUCAGGUCAACUCUAAUUUCCUUUUGUUUUAUUGACCUGAAGAUUUGAAAUUUCCGUGCCUCAUUUUUGUUGUAUAAGAUAAAUUUUGUACCAGUAUGUUAUUAGUUAUUGUUUCGGAAUUUCGUUGCUUUUUACAAAUUGGAUCGGACAUUGGCUUGCUUAUCGAGGAUGCUUGUUAUGCGUUUGAAUUAGCUGGUUUUCAGAGAACCGUUGAAAGGACUAAUUGCCUGAUUUGCUUUUUUUCUCA